CGCACUCGGCCGGCCAUGGCGGCGCCGCUGGCCCGGUGCUACGCUGCUGUGCUGGCGGCGAGUCUCCUGGCGUCAGGCGGGUGCGGCCGGACCCCCGCCGAGCAGCCGUCGUUCGCUGGGCCGAUCGACAACCAGACCGUCUCUCUGCACAGGGAUGUGACGCUCGCGUGUGUGGUCAAUCACCUGGGCAAGCACCAGGUGGCCUGGCUGCACCUGGAGCGCCAGUCACUGAUCUCGAUAGGAGAGAGGCUCAUCACCCAGCUGGCACAGUUCUCCGUGCAUCACGACCGGUACAAGACCUGGAUGCUGAAGAUCCGCAACGUCAAGAAGGAGGACGGCGGCGUGUACAUGUGCCAAGUGAACACGGAGCCCAUGCUGAAGCAGGAGGGCUUCGUCACAGUGGUUGUGCCGCCCAACAUCGUCGACUCGAAGAGCAGCCCAUCGGAGGUGGCCGUGCACGAGGGCAACAGCGUGCGCCUGGCCUGCCACGCUGACGGCCAGCCGCCUCCGGCGAUCUCCUGGAAGCGCGAGGACAACGGGCCCAUCUUUGUCAACAGGCCCGAGAGGAGGCACAACGGCUCGACGCUGGCCCUCCAGCAGGUCAACAGGAAGGCCAUGGGGGCGUACCUCUGCAUCGCCAACAACGGCGUCCCUCCGUCGCCCAGCAAAAUGAUCACACUGAAGGUGGAGUUCGCGCCCUCCAUCCGCGUGGAGACGCAGCUGCACGGCGCACCGCUGGGCACCUCCGUUCAGAUGACCUGCCACUCGGAGGCUCAACCGCGCGCCAUCCACUACUGGAUGCACCGCGACAACAUCCUGUUGCACACGCCCGCCAAGUACCACAUCGACGAGCUGGUGGAUGGCUUCAGGACCACGAUGCAUCUGACGGUGCACGAUCUCCGUGAGCCCGAUUUUGACAUGUAUAGGUGUGUUUCGAAGAACUCGUUCGGCGAGGCCGAAGGGACAAUACAGAUAUAUGCCACGCGCGCGGCCGAGCGGCCACACACGGCGCCGCCGAGGCCGCCACCCGACCGCUGGCCCACGCGGCAGCAGUACAAUCAAGAUCCGCGACCCGAUAGUCCAGACGUUGGCGGCGCGGUCGCGGGACAGGGGUGCUGA